UUACAGCUAUUAUCGUAGGAGGUAUAGUAUUUCUCUAUAAACAUUCAGCAUAGUAUUACGUAGAAAUCUGACGUUGAAGCAUCUUGGCCAUAUUCUUGUACAUGCGCAGUCAAUAUCAAAGAAAGUGUGAAAACAAUAGCUUACUUGUAUUUGAUACACAUAUUGGCAAGGAACAAUGGUUGCUUUGCACGUGUGGUUGCAAUUUAUCUGCGUGUGUUUGAUUCUCCAACUAAGCUUUUUGUUGGUUAGCUCUCAUUCAAAUACUACAACCAAAGACAAGUCUUCGCCGAUAAUUCUCGUUUCUAUAGACGGCCUUGGAUGGCAGUUCACCGGAGGCAAAUUUGCAAACACGACAAACCUUGAUUACAUCGCUUCAACAGGCGUGAAGGCAAAGUACAUGAAGACGGUUACUCCAACUAAGACUUGGCCCAAUCAUCAAACCUAUCUCACCGGGUUGUACCCAGAGAGUCAUGGAUUGGUAUCAAACAAGUUCUGGUACCCCAUCUUCAAAGAGAAAUUCAUAUUUGAGUAUGACUGCUCGAACUUUGAUCCCAAGUUCUGGCAAGAGUCAGAGCCCAUUUGGCUUACACUACAAAAGCAAGGUUUCUACAGUGGAAUGYAUUUUUGGCCGGGAUUUUCAAGCUACAAAACUAAACCAACUUACUACGAGAAAGCUCUCUGUAAAGUGAACUGUAGCGCUAUUCGCGAUCUUCCUGCAUCUCGUAAACCAGUACGUUCAACGUUCCCGCCAUACGAUCAUUGUUAUCCUAAUUACUCGAUACCGUUUCCUCACAGAAUGGAUGCCAUUGUAAGCUGGUUGAAAUCAGACAAACCGCCUAAGUUCGUUGCAGUUUAUGUUGACCAGCCAGACUGGGUUGGACAUUCUGACGGACCUAAGUCACAGAAAUUCAAAGACGAGAUCGAGAAAGUAGAUCGAGACGCAGUUGGAUAUUUAGUCAACAAGCUCAGAGAGGUUGACCUUUUAGAUAAAGUCAACUUGAUAUUCGUAGCUGACCACAGCUUUGUGCAAGUCAAUCUGAGCAGGUUGAUUUACUUGGAUGAUUAUCUCGAUCCAUCAACGUUUAUGUUGACAGAGUCUGGAACACUAAUUCAUUUGUGGCCACACGAGGGAAAGAUGGAAGAAAUCUAUGUAAAUCUGACCAAAUUAGUCACCGAAUACCCACAAGCCAAACUAUACAAGAAAGACAACAUACCCGAAGAAUACCACCUUAAAAAUAAUCGCCGUACUCCACCCAUUUUCUUGGACCCAGGAUAUGGUUGGAUGGUCGAACCAACUCGCACCAACAGAUCAAGUGACUGGGUAUACGGCGCGCACGGGUAUCCCGCGAGUGAAAAGUUGGCUGCAAUAUUCUACGCGCGUGGACCUGCCUUCAAGAAAGGAUACAAAAUAGAUCAUGGUCUCAGGUCCAUCGAUGUCUACCCAAUGAUGUGCAAAAUCCUUGGGAUAGAACCACGUCCGAACAAUGGAUCUCUAGACAACAUGAAGAUGAUGCUGGUAGGAGAGGAAGGUCCUAAGGCUACAGGAUUGAAGGUCAUGUCUUGGUCAUGCCUGACCUUGCUAAGUCUAGUCCUUCCACCUGCAUUCUUUGUUUGAUAUGUAUUUGUCUCACACUUUUUAUCAUUGUUUUUAUAUAGUUGAGAACAUAAUAUCAGAAACUGAACUAUAAACUUUUUUGGUUUCUCGACUCUAUAGCAGGAUUUGCCAUUCAUGUAGAUGUAGCAGGUCUGUCCGUCCGUCAGAAAUAAAAAUAAAGGUUAUCCGAACUGCUUUUCCAAUGAA